GUUGAUUUCACGUAUCAAAGUGAAUACCUGAUCUAAAGGGGACGGGUAUAAAUAGAAAGAAUAGAAAUUCACUAGAUAUUUGACAGUGUGAUAGAUAACUGUUACAGUAUGGUGAAAUUAUAUAAUCUCCUAUUACUUUUAGUUAUUGUAGCUGCUGCUAGCAGUGAACUACACAGAAUACCUUUGAAGAAAAUCGAUACAGCCAGAAAUCUCAUAAAGAAAAUUGGUUUGUCCAAACUCAAACAAGGUUUGUUGAACAAAUAUGGUAAAGUUAAUGAGGGUUCACACGUUAUAUUAACCAACUACCUAGACGCACAAUAUUAUGGUGAAAUAAGUAUCGGUACACCACCUCAAACUUUCAAUGUGAUAUUUGAUACAGGUUCAUCCAAUCUUUGGGUCCCAUCCUCAAAGUGUAACAUUCUUAAUAUAGCCUGCCAGCUCCAUUCCAAAUAUAAUUCGGAAAAAUCUUCAACUUAUAAGGAAAAUGGAACAAAUUUUGAAAUUCAGUAUGGUUCUGGUUCACUUAGUGGCUUUGUUUCAUCAGAUAAUGUACAGGUCGGUGAUAUCCAAGUCACCAACCAACUUUUCGCUGAAGCUAUGGAAGAACCAGGUUUGGCUUUUGUAGCAGGUCAAUUCGAUGGCAUUUUAGGUAUGGGUUAUCCUACCAUUUCAGUAAACGGAAUCACUCCAGUUUUCAACACGAUGGUUGAACAAAACGUUGUUGACCAACCAAUAUUUUCCUUUUACUUGAACAGAGAUGCCUAUGGAUUAGUCGGAGGUGAAUUAAUACUUGGUGGAUCCGAUCCAAAAUACUACAAAGGAAACUUUACUUAUUUACCAGUGUCUAGACAAGCUUACUGGCAAGUUGAGAUGGAUAGUAUCAAUAUUGGAUCAGAAACAUUUUGUAGUGGAGGAUGUCACGCAAUAGUAGAUACUGGAACCAGCUUAAUCACAGGUCCUACCGAAGAAAUUGACAAACUUCAGAAAUUAGUAGGAACUGCAUUCAAUAUCAACGGAGAAGCUGUCAUUGAUUGCAGUAAGCUAUCUUCGAUGCCAGAUAUAGAUUUCGUUUUGGGUGGAUAUACAUUCACAUUGACACCAGAAGAAUAUGUCAUCAAGGAGGAAAGUCUUCUUAUAGACACAUGCAUAUUAGGUUUUAUGGGACUUGAUGUGAAUAUUGAUGGCCCUCUAUGGAUAUUGGGUGAUGUAUUCAUUGGUAAAUAUUACAGUGAAUUUGAUAUGGGUAACAAUCGCGUUGGAUUAGCAGAAGCUAUCACAGAAAAUUAUUGAAAAUUGUUCAAAAUAAAUAAAUAAAUAAUGAAGUUUAAAAUUGGAA